AUGCUUUUCUUGCCUUUCUUUGCUGAUCAGCCCCGGAACGCUCUGUUUGCUCGACAGCUGGGCAUUGCCGAAGUGGUCUACAAAAAGAAUAUAACGAGAGACGAGCUGAGUUUGAAAAUCAAUCGAGUGCUUACGGAAACCAGGUUCGCAACACAAGUACAAAAGCUUAGUCGUCAGUUUCUGGACCAUGUGAUGCAUCCACUUGACUAUGGAUCUCAAUGGAUCGAUCGUAUUGAGAAGCUCAGUGAUCAACAAAUGAUGUACUAUAAAAAUCGUGGAAGAUUACUCUCAUGGAUCUCAUUCCUAUAUAUUGAUUUUGUACUUUUUGUUGUUCUGAUAAUAUCCAUAGUAUCUCUUAUUCCAACCUCACCAUGA